AUGUUUCAAAAUCUAAUUGCUUUUCUUCGUUUCCUUUCAGAUUAUCCACGUGUUGACAUCGGUCCAGAGAAUCCAUUACGUGUUGAACGUGACGGCACCGCAAAAUUAGAGUGUAAUGUCGACGCCAAGCCCAAAGUUAGCAAUGUACGAUGGACGAGAAACGGUCGCUUUAUCAGCUCAUCGUUCACUCAUACAAUUCAUCGUGUUUCAGUGCAAGAUGCUGGCGAAUAUGAAUGCGCAGCUGAUAAUGGUUUGGGUCGUACGGGAUCACAAAAAAUUCUUCUAGACGUUCUUUAUGCUCCCGUUGUGGUGAUUGAAACGAAAACUCGUGAAGCUGAAGAACGUGAGAGCAUUAAUAUCAAGUGCAAUGUGACAUCGAAUCCACCACCUGUUGAAAUUGAAUGGUUGAAAGAAGGAAAUCCCAGUUUUCGUCAUUCGGGCGCUGUCCUUGCAAUCUCUGAUAUUAAAGCUGAACACGCUGGAACUUAUGUUUGUCGAGGUAUCAACAACAUGCGGCCCUAUGGUGGAAAAGCUGCUGAAAGAAUUGGCAACACAACAGUCGCUGUUCUUGUCCGUCAUCGACCUGGAAAAGCUGUCAUCACACCAAACAAACCUGUGGUACAUGUUGGAAGUGGCGUCACGCUUACUUGUUCAGCUAAUCCUCCUGGUUGGCCCGUGCCUCAAUUCCGUUGGUUCCGUGACGUCGAAGGCGAAAUAUCAACACAAACAAUUCUCGCUCAGGGUUCACAGUUUGUCAUUCCACGAGCUCAUUUAGGUAGCGAAGGUCGCUAUCACUGUCAUGCUGCGAAUGAGUUAGGACAUGGAGAAAUGGCGACAAUUACUUUAGAAGUUCAUCAACCACCACAGUUCUUAGCUAAACUUCAACAGCAUUUAACUCGACGUGUCGGCGAUAGCGAUUUCAGUGUAUCAUGCAGUGCUAAAGGAAAGCCAAAACCUUCAGUGAAAUGGUUUAAAGAUGGUCGUGAGCUUGCAAGUGAGACAAACUUUUAUGAAAUCACAACAUCUCCAAAUGAAGGUCCUAAUGGAAUGGUCACUGUGCAAAGUAAUUUGAAGUUCUUCGGUAAAAUGCGACCAAAUAGUAAUCAAUUGUUGCCUAAUGACCGUGGCGUCUAUUCGUGUGUUUACCAAAACGAAGUUAAUAUGAACAAUUCAACGAUGAAUCUUAAAAUUGAACACGAGCCAAUUGUGUUGCAUCAGUACAAUAAAGUGGCUGCAGAUAUUCGCGAAACAGCAGAAGUUGUUUGCAAAGUUCAAGCUUAUCCAAAGCCUGACUUCCAAUGGACAUUUGGCACCAACACUGCCCCGAUUUCCAUGAAUUCUGAUUCGCAUUACGAAAUCAAUACGUCGUCAGAUAGCAAUGAUAUCUAUACAAGUAUUUUAAAGAUACAUAACGUUCGUCACAACGACUACGGCGAGUAUAAUUGUCGUGCAUCAAAUUCUCUGGAAACCAUUAGAGCACCAAUUCGAUUACAGCCUAAAGGCUCACCUGAAAAGCCAACGAACCUUGAUGCUGCAGAAGCCGGAUCAAAUUUCAUUUCUCUAAAUUGGACUCCUGGAUUUGAUGGUGGCUUAAGUAACACAAAAUUCUUUGUUUUGUACCGUAAAGUUUCAAUUCCAAGUAAUGAAGUUAAUGGCGAUUGUGGAACACAAUACACAAGUUCACCUGAUUGGUCUGAAUUUGAUUGCCAUCGUGAUUUUCCUUGCAACAUCACGCCAUUAGAUCAACAUUCUAGUUACGUUUUCAAGGUGAAGGCACUUAAUACAAAAGGCAACAGCGAAUACUCAAAUGAAAUUACAAGAACCACAAAAGUCAGUAAAAUCCCUUCAGCACUUCAUGUCUCAUAUGAUCCAUCGACAAAGAUGUUAGGCGUCAAUGUUGGCCAAACAUGUCUCGCUUUAAUCGCUGUUGUUGAGACAGUUGUUCAUGGUGACACUCAUAUGCCCGAAUGGCAUAUUGUCGAUCAAAUUCCCCUUCAUGCUUCAGGAUCAGCGUCGACAUACAAAGAAUCUGUCGUCGAGAAUAUUAUUGUGCCACGUCGAAGUGGAAAUGUCGCUCGUUCUCUCGAGGAUGAAGAAGAUUUCACAAUGGCUUUAGAAGAUGAUUCAAUGCCUCGUGUACGCGUCAAGUUGUGUCUUCGAGGCAAUCCCGAACAUUGCGGUGAUUAUAUUGAUGCUGAAAUUGGUCCAUCAUAUAUUCAGGAUGUACCCACAAUCGCUAUGCCUACAUUAAUUGCUAUCGUAGUAUCGUGCAUCGUGUUUGCUUUGUUCAUUGGAUUGUUGUUGAUGUUCUGCAAAUGCAAGCGAAAGCAAACAAAGAAGAGUGUCCAAGCGAAGGAUUAUGAAAUGGAUUCAGUGAGACCAUCGAUUGUAGCACAACAAACCCAGGCACCACCACCAUAUUAUCCAGCAAGUGGCUUGGAAAAUAAAGCUUUGGAACAUUCGAUGGAUCUCGCACUCGCGAUGGAAGACCAAAAGACUGCAAUUUACGCGACACAAAAUGGCUAUGGCUAUGGCAGUGGGAUGCAAGUACCAUCACAUAAUAUACCUGCAGAAUGGGUUAACAUGGGAUACAUGGAAAACAGUUAUUCAAAUUCUAACAACGGCGGCAGUGUUAACUCCCAAGACUCGCUUUAUCAAAUGAAAAUGUCAGCAGCUGCUGGUAAUUCGGGAAAUCUCAUUUCACAACAUCAUCAGUACGUUGAGCGUCAGCCAUCGUAUGGCUACGACCCUUUGACCCAUGGUGGGUACGGAACGGUCGACGAUUAUGCAACCUAUCCUCAUUUGGCGACGACACCAUCACAACAGAUGAUUGCGGACGAUUAUCAUAAUCAAAUGAUGAUGGCUCAACAGACGCCAUCAAGACAAGACUAUUGUACGGAUCCUUAUGCAGCUGUACAUAAACCAAAUAAAAAACGACUGGAUCCCCAUAUGGAAUCACCUUAUCAUGAUGUCAGUGGCUUACCUGAUCCAUACAUGGAACAAAUGCAAAUGAGUGAAGAUCAAAUUGAUCAUCCAAACAAGCAACCUCAACAACAACACAUGUCGCUUGGAUAUGACGAGACACUCGAGAGUGGUUAUUCCACACCAAAUUCACGAAAUCGUCGUGUCAUACGUGAGAUAAUUGUCUGAGACCAACCACGGGUGCGUUUCGCCGAUGGAACGUGCCAAUAGCAAUCAUUAUCAAAAUAUUAAAUUAAAUAAUCAAGUCUAAACAAUCCACCCAUACUCAUUUUAUCGUAAAAUCGAUCUUUGAGAUGAAAAAGAAUUUUUAUUUUGCUCUAGAUUUAUUUGUGGAUAUUCAUUCAAGAACUGAAAAAACAAAUUAUGAAAAACAUCAAAAGAAUGAAUUUAAUUAAUUAAAAUGAUCCUUUGUGUUGAUUUAUGAGGCGAAUAUAAUGCGUUCAUCAGCUGCUUUAGCUUGUGCAAUAUUUAAAUUGAUGAUAAAGGGGAAACAAUGAAGAAUGAAAAAAAUUAUGAUAACAUUAUAUGUCGUUCAACAUCUCGCGGCAACUAAUUAUGAUUGACACAUCUCCGGCAUGAUAAUCAUUAAAUUCAUUAUUGAACGGUUGCGCUGAUGAACCUGAUGAUAUUUAAAGGCGUUGUUUGAUGAUGCCAACAAUGAAGUUUCGUCGCCUAAAACCAUAAUGGAUCGAAUCUAAUCAAUUAAAGGAUAAAUUGUCGAAUGAAGCUCAACAAAGGAAUAAUCUAGAGCAAUGAGACAGGGUAGCAAAGCAACCCUAAAGAAAAUAUAAAUAAUUAAAGCACCAUGCAUACACAUUGUUAGG